UAAUUACAAAAUUCAAGACUAACAACGAAACAAAUAACAAAAUAACAAUAAUAAUAAUGACUUCUAGAAAGCGUAGUGGUAGCGGUGGUUCAAAGAGACCCAAAGAAAAAGUUGUCUACAUUUAUGAGCUAUUUUUACGAGGUGAAGAUCCUACAAUUAAUAGUUCCGAAUUUUGGAAUGAAUUCUUCCUACUGCAGCCUAAUGUGGAUGCUUUGGAAAAUGAAAUCACUAAAUUAACCAGUGAGCAAUUUUCUUUAGUUAAGAAAAAUCUGAGUAUGAUAUUUCAGAAAUGUAUCGACAUGCUGGAAACGGAUCAUCCCAAGCGCUUGUGUCACAGCUUACAGACUUUGUGUUCCUUAUUUUAUGCUAUAUACAAGAAAUCGUCAGCUGAUAAUACGUACGAUAUACUAAAUGAAAUUUUCGGCUACGACGAAAUGGAUAAAUGGAUGAAGAAACUAAUGGAUUAUUGUAAUCAGAUAUUAUUAGGAGAAGUUUUAGAAAAUGCUCGUUUCAUGUGUCUGAAGUUAUUGUUGGUUUUGGUUACCGGAACGGAUAAUGUCAGUCAAAAUGUUUUGCUCGAACAUCUUAUGAUGAAUACAUUAUUUGAUUCGUUUGUACGAUUAUUAAGCGAUCCUACCUUGCGGACUCAACAUGGUCACGAUAUUGUUAUCUUGUUAACCAUAUUGGUAAACUAUCGUAAACAUGAAGCAACCAAUCCAUACGUAGUACAAUUGUCGAUAUUGGCCGAUGAAUUGGCUUUAAAUGGAUAUGGUCAAAUGAUUUCUCAAUCUCUAAUUGACUUCUGUCGCCAGUACAUGCAAAGCUUAAAGCUUAACAAUGCUCAGACAUCGUCUUGGUUUUCUUCAUUAUCAAAUAUUGUGGGCAAUAUGUUCGUAUCAGACGAAGGUUGUGAACGUGUGCAACAAAUUAAGGCCAAUAAUGGUUUGCUAAUGGCAUUAUAUGAAGCCGUACAUCUAAAUCGUAAUUUCAUUACAACGCUCGCUCAUACUCAGGCAGAAUCAAGUGCUCCUCCCUCGCCCAGCAACACGUUAAACCUAACCAACCUAACUCAACCCGUACCAGACCUAGCGAAUGCUCCGAUUAUUGAUAUGACCCAGUGUCCCACUAAUUUAUUGGUUGCCUUAUUUCAAUAUUGUUCGAUAGUAAUGCAGGACAAUAAGAACGAGUCCAGUGUGGCCAAUUUAAAGUUAUGCUUUUUAAUUCUUACGUGCAUAUCUGAAGAUCAAUACGCCAAUUCCAUGAUGCAUGAUAGUAAUUUGACUUUUAAAGUCAUCUUGCAUCGUGCGCAGAUGCGUCAUCGUAAAUUAAAUAUAGAUCGGGUCGGCCGAUCGCAACCUUUGGCGGCCACUCUUCUCGACUUAUUGGUUGAGUUUAUUGUCUCGCAUCUUAUGAAAAAGUUUCCUAUGGAAUUGUAUCUACUUUGCAUCGGUGUCGUCCAUCGUAUACUUUGCUAUCAGAAACGUUGUCGUGUACGUUUAAAUUAUCCCUGGAAAGAGUUGUGGUCGGCUUUAAUAGGUUUGCUUAGGUUUUUAGUUAAUCAAGAGCAAGCUUUAAUCAAGAAGUGCAACAUCUUUCAUUUGUCUUUGCAAGUGGUUAACAUAUUCAAUUUAUUUAUUACUUAUGGUGAUACUUUUCUGGCCACUACAAAUAGCUACGACGAGCUAUAUUAUGAAUUAAAUCGUGAAGAGAAAGUUUUCACAGAACUGCAUGCUAUGGCUUUAACGAAUUUUGUAGUCUUACGUUAUACAACAAUGUCUGAUUGUGAAUAUAAGGAUGAUGUUAUUAAGCUGCUUAAUGCAUUAGUUAAUAUUUUGGCGAUUGUGAAACAUUUUCAAAACAAAAUUAAGGAAUGGCUUGCUGAACAGGGUCUAUCUACGCCGACAGAGGAGCAGAUUUUAGAUGUUGUACGUAAAAACUACGAUUUAACCUUAAAAUUGCAAGACUCAUUGGAUCAUUAUGAUCGCUACGCAGAAGCUCCCCGCCAUACUAAUUUCUUUAAGAAUAUGGUGCGUGAUAUGGUAUCAGAUACACGUAAAAAUAUCUAUGGCUACGUUAAAGAAGCCAUAUCAAGUAUACCAGAACCGGAUGCCAUGGUCACCUCAACAUCUAGCCUUUAAGAAUUUUUAUCAUUUUCAUUCAUUAACAUUUAGUAAUGGAUUUGUAAUGAUUUUCUCUUAUAAUAAUUUUUUAUUUUUUUCUCCUUGUAACUUUAAGAUACGCCUUCAAGUUAUAUGC